UAGUACAUGUUUUGUUUGGGAGGAAUAAGAUCUAGGGCAAAACAAUUCCUCUUCGUUUCCGCGUUGUUGUGCGAGCAGCUUGACGGCGAUCAGCUACCACUGAUAGGCCACCACCGCAAUCUGAGUUCAAAGUAUUCCUGAUUGAAUGAGGGGAAGGAGUUACAGCCCGUCACCACCGAGGGGUUAUGGCAGACGAGGAAGGAGCCCUAGCCCAAGGGGUCGCUAUGGUGGUGGUGGUGGCCGUGGUGGCGGUAGCAGUAGAGAUCUUCCAACCAGUCUUUUAGUUCGCAACCUUCGCCAUGAUUGUAGGCCAGAAGACCUUCGGAGGCCAUUUGGGCAUUACGGUCCUCUCAAGGACAUUUACCUUCCAAGAGAUUAUUAUACUGGGGAGCCACGUGGCUUUGGUUUUGUCCAGUAUGUAGAUCCUACUGAUGCUGCUGAAGCUAAAUAUCAAAUGGAUGGUCAAAUUUUUCAAGGACGACAGCUGACUGUUGUAUUUGCGGAGGAGAACAGGAAGAAGCCAUCUGAUAUGAGGACAAGGGAGCGGAGGGGUCGAUUUUCGGAUCGAAGACGGUCUCCACCUCGUUAUUCUCGCUCACCUCGGUACUCUCGAUCUCCACCCCCUCGCUAUUCUAGAUCAGCACGAUCUCGCAGUCGUGAUUACUAUUCUCCGCCGCCCAAGGAAAGGUACUACUCUAGGUCUGUUUCACCUCAAGAGAAGAGGUACAGUCGAGACAGGUCACUCUCCCGUUCUCCUGCUGCUUAUAAUGGCUCGAGGAGUCCCAUUCGUAGUCCAUUAAGGGAGCGUUCUCCCCCAUAUAAUGGAUCAAGAAGCCGCAGCAGAAGUCCAGUUGCGGAGCGUUCUCGAGUUAGGGACCUAAGCCGGAGCCCAAGUCGAAGCCGGAGCCGAACCCCGAAUCCUGUAGAUUACUGAAGGGAACCAGGCAGGAAAGUCUCCUAGUCAGUGAGCUUUAUGCAUUGUACUUGUAGUUGGAAACUUGGAUGGUUUCAAGUCGGAUGUUUCUCUAGACAUGCUUUAAAUGGUAGUAGCUGUUAGGAACAUAUUAUGCGCUUGGUUUGAUUGCUGAAAAACCUAAGUAGAAAAAGGACUAUGCAGUUAUUAAGCUCAAUCGGAUAAUUCAGAAUUCCCAGUAUACAAGCUUAUAACAUUCCUCCUUUAUUUUAUUAUUAUUAUUAAGUGAGACAAUAUUGCAUUUGAAA